CAGGCGGAUAGCCAAUUCGUAUCUGCACUUUUGUGUGCGUGCGUGCAAGGCACUGGUACAGUAGAACGGUUUCUAUUGAUGGGAAUGAAUGGCGACGGGACAGUGUUCCGACCUCGGCUAGAUGAGGGGCGGCGUCUCAGAGAAAUGCAUCUUACAGCCCAGCCAGUAUUAUUUAAACCGCUGGCAGCCGCGCUGGUUCGUCCUGGACGGAGGAACACUGUCCUACUACGACUCUCAGGAAGAGGCCUGGAAAGGGAGCAAGGGCAGCCUGCAGAUCUCCGCCUGCGAAAUACAAGUGCACUCCUCAGACACCAAGAGGGUCGACCUGACCGUCCCAGGGCAGCAGUAUUUUUACCUCCGCGCCCUUAACGCUGCGGAGAGGCAGAGAUGGCUGGUCGCCAUGGGAACGGCCAAGGCCUGCCUGACGGACAACAGGACCAAGAUAGAGAAAGAGCUGCAGGAGAACGCAGAGGCGCUGAAGGCCAAGAUGUCAGAGCUGCGUCUGUACUGCGACCUGCUCUGCGAGCAGGUGGGCCGGAUCAGGGAGGAGGAGCCUGGCACCGCAAUGGGGGACCGAGGAGACAUGGUCAGGUCCACCUGUAGCUCCUUCCUCAGGACCCUGGAGGAGUGUCUGCUCAUUGCCAGUCGCUCUUUCAGCUCGGACCUGCAGCUGAGAAUUCCCCCCCAGAACCCCACUGUGGGGACCAGCACACUGCACAAGGUCAGAGGUCCAGCCCAGCCCAGUCCCAGCCAAUCAGAACAGAGGCCGGAGCCUAACGAAGCAGAGGGGCGUGGCCACUCUGGGUCACCUGCUGAAGCCACGCCUUCCCAACAUGACGAAACUCUUCCUGCAGAAGAUCACCCUGCAGAGACUACAGACACACCUUCCCAGGACAGACAAGGGCCACACGGGGCGGAGCAUGUUGGAGAAGGGGUGGAGCUAGUAAAAGGAGGGAUGGAACAGGGAGAAGAGACUGAGGCGGAGGACAAGGCAAUUUCUACAAUGCAAGAUGUUUGCAUCAUUCAAACUGAGGGACAACAGGAAGUCAGUCCAGCCAAGGAUGAGGAACAGGAAGUCUGUCCAGCCCAGAAUGAGGAACAGGAAAUCAGUCCAGCCCAGUCUGAGGAUCAGGAAGUCAGUCCAGCACAGAAUGAGGAACAGGAAGUUAGUGCAGCACGGAGGGUGGAACAAGAAGUCAGUCCAGCCAAGAAUGAGCAACAGGAAGUCAGUCCAGCCAAGGAUGAGGAACAGGCAGUCUGUCCAGCCCAGAAUGAGGAACAGGAAAUCAGUCCAGCCCAGAAUGAGGAUCAGGAAGUCAGUCCAGCACAGAAUGAGGAACAGGAAGUUAGUGCAGCACGGAGGGUGGAACAGGAAGUCAGUCCAGCCCAGAAUGAGGCACAGGAAGUCAGUCCAGCCCAGAAUGAGGAACAGGAAGCUAGUCCAGCCCAGUGUGCAGAACAGGAAGCUAGUCCAGCCCAGAAUGAGGAACAGGAAGUCAGUCCAGCCCAGAAUGAGAAACAGGAAGUCAGUCCAGCCCAGAAUGAGAAACAGGAAGUCAAUCCAGCCCAGAAUGAGAAACAGGAAGUCAAUCCAGCCCAGAAUGAGAAACAGGAAGUCAGUCCAGCCCAGUGUGCACAACAGGAAGUCAAUCCAGCCCAGACUGAGGAACAGGAAGUCAGUCCAGCUCAGAAUGAGGAAAAGGAAGUCAGUCUAGCCCUGAAUGAGGAACAGGAAGCUAGUCCAGCCCAGUGUGCAGAACAGGAAGCUAGUCCAGCCCAGAAUGAGGAACAGGACAUCAGUCCAGCCCAGAGUGUGGAACAGGAAGUCAGUCCAGCCCAGAGUGAGGAACAGGAAGGCAGCCUAGCCCAGAAUGAGGAACAGGAAGUCAGUCCAGCCCAGAGUGUGGAACUGGAAGCCAGUCCAGCCCAGAGUGUGGAACAUCAGGAAGAUAUUCCCAAGGAAAGACACAAAGUGUGCCCUGCCCAUCCUGAGGAAGAGGGGGAGGAGGAAGAGCAAGUGGAUGUAUCAUUCAGUGCCGUGAUACAGAAUAAUGAAGAUCCUCCCCCAUGAACCCCCAGUAUUCAGGGACCUAUCAUGCAUUGGGCCCCAAGAUUACACAACCUUGCGGGACCAAAACUAACCAUCAGGAUAUCACAGGGACUCCACCACAGCCUAUACCUCACAGUAAACACCAGCCCCCCCCCCCCCCCGUAUGAUA